GACAUGGCGGUGGUGUUGUGUGUCUGCGGGCCGCGCUGAGCUCCUGCGCUCCGCUCCGCUCCGGGACCAAAACUCACAGCCAAGUAGGCGUGGUUUUGGUCUUGAUUGACGAGUGGGGAGGAGCAGGGUCGGGGUGGCAGGAUGAGCGGGGUGGCACUGGGGGUGGACGUAUUGGUGGCGUUGGUGUUGGCGCUGGUGCUGCUGCAUCGUUACGGCGAUGUGCGGAAACAGCAGCGUGUGGUUCUGCUGGCCACGCUCCUCGCUUGGUUCCUCUGUUUCCUCAUCGCCUUCACCAUCCCACUCGACGUCAGCACGACCAUCUAUAAUCAGUGUGUGACUGAUAAUAACCAAGUGGUAGCUACAACACCAAGUCACACCAACCAGACGUCCAACACUUCAGUGUUUCUUACUGCAAGGUUACCUAAGGUGUGUCAUAAGCCAUGGAGUUACGUUCCAGAUGGGAUCCUGACAGUGUUCUGGAGAGUGGUGUACUGGACUUCUCAGUUCCUCACAUGGCUCCUGAUCCCCUUCAUGCAGUCAUACGCUCGCUCUGGAGGAUUUUCCAUCUCUGGGAAAAUAAAAACAGCUCUGAUUGAGAAUGCUAUUUACUAUGGCACUUAUCUCUUCAUCUUCUGCUCUCUCCUCAUUUACGUCGCCAUCAGUCCACAGUGGCACCUCUCAUGGUAUGAUUUGAGGACUAUUGGCAUCACAGCAGCAAACACCUGGGGCUUAUUCCUACUGGUGUUGUUGCUAGGAUACGGUCUGGUGGAAAUCCCACGCUCCUAUUGGCUGGCAUCGUGUCACGGACACCUGCUGUCCAAAACGUACUUCAAAGCAGCAAAGCUGAUGACGGAGAAAACAGAUGCAGAGGAGAACCUGGAGGACGUGAUGGAGGACAUCAGAGCUGUUAAUGAGUCUAUCAAGUACAACCAUCCACUGAGGAAGUGUAUCGACACCAUUCUCAGGAAGUGUCCUGUAGAGUAUCAGGAGAAAAUGGGGAGAAACAUGGAUGAUUACGAGGACUUUGAUGAUAAAAGGAAUCCAUAUCCAAGCAAGAAGAGCCUGGCCAAACUCCAUAAACAGGUGAUCUAUGCAGUGCAGAGACAUAAUCGCACUCAGAUACAGUGGCAGAUUUUAUUAGACAAAGCAUUUCACCUGGAAGAUGUGGCUAAAAAUGAGAUAAGCUCCACCCACCAGUUUGUCCACAGCCAGCCCUCCAACCAAUCAAACGGCUGCUUCAGGAAGUACCUCUACACACCUGCUGCAGAGUGGUAUUGGGAGUGUGUGUUGCGGAGGUGGUGUUACCGUGUGCUGGCCGUGGUGUUGUGUGUGUUGUCGGUGUUGGUGGUUUGGUCCGAGUGUACGUUCUUCAGCACGCAGCCUGUUUUGUCAGCGUUUGCCAUCUUCAUCCAGCUUGCUGAGAGGAAAUACAAUUACAUCUACAUAGAGGUGGCGUGUUUCAUCACCAUCUUGUACCUGUGUUACUGCGUUUACUCCACUGUGUUCCACAUCAGAGUGUUUAACUAUUAUUACCUCGCACCACAUCACCAGACUGACGCUUACAGCCUGCAGUUCAGCGGCAUGUUGUUUUGUCGCCUUACACCACCGCUGUGUUUGAAUUUUCUGGGUGUGAUUCAUAUGGACUCCACCAUUUCACACCAGGACAGACAACAGACCUCAUACACAUCAAUUAUGGGUUCGAUGCACGUUUUGCCGUUUAUUGCUAAUGGAUUUUAUAUUUAUUACCCCAUGCUCAUUGUGCUGCUCUGUAUUGCCACCUACUUCAGUUUAGGGACGAGGUGUUUGAAUCUAUUGGGCUUUCAGCAGUUUAUGAGUGACAGUGAUUUGACCUCUGACCUUGUCGAUGAAGGGAAAGAACUAAUCCGCAGAGAGAGGAGAAAGAGGCAGAAAUCAGAGGAUGCUGAGAACAGGAGAAGGGAGUGGAGGGAGAAGUAUGUGCCCAGGAGUCGGAGUUCCUACUCACAGAUCAGAGAGAGUGACAGUUACAGCAAACAAGGUCAGUGUGAUCGAGCUGAGCUCCUGCAGGAUGUUGAGCCACUGGAUUUUAACGGAGAUGAUACUCAGGAAGUGGACAACAGGAGGUGCGGUUAUCUCUCCACCUCAGUGUCUCGCACUCACAUCUUUGAUGACGUAUGAGAAAAAGCAAAGGAUCAGGGACAAAAGAGAGAGAGACACCAAUAUUGCACUACUUCACUUUUGAGGAAACGUGUGUGUGUGUGUGUGUGUGUGUGUGUGUGUGGUGUUCUCAUACAGAAACUCACACAGUGUUUGUAUCCAUAGCGACUGUAGUGAAUACAGAAGUAUAAAAUGAGUUGUUAUUACAUCACAGUGAGAGUGUUAAUGAUUUAGUGAGUGUGAGCCUUCUUCUGUUUUCAUCAGACCCAAAGCUAUGAAAGAUCAGGUGUGCUAAUGAGCUAAUUACGCUAACAGAGUGCUGGGUGCUCGGUUACCUGCUGCGUAAAAAACUUUACUCGCAUCACAAAUAUUUACAACAAACGUGAAGUGAUGCUUUUAUCAUUCACACACUGCGACUUUAAACCCAGCACAAAUGAAAUGGUGGAUUUUUCCUUUGUUUUUGUGACCUUUGAACUGUUCUGGUUCUUUGUUUCUAACAGGGAAAGAGUUUUUUUCUCCUUUACACACGUCUUUUAAACAUUUUUAUUCUCAGCGGGUUCAU